AUGUCUGCUGCCGUGCCAGAGAAGGCCCCCGAUGAUUCUUCCAAGCUGAAAACCUUUCUCUCCAUCUUGCGCAAGUUCGUGGGUGUGACAGACAUCGCUUCGGUUCGUUUUUCCUUGCCAGCUCAGCUACUGGAGCCGCGACCGAAUCUGGAAUAUUGGAACUACUUGGACCGACCGGAGACCUUUGCCAGUAUUGGCACGUCAGAUGAUGAAUUAGGUCGCAUGCUGGAGGUGUUGAAGUUCUGGUUUACGAAAGAUCUGAAAUACAUCAAGGGCAAACCAUGCAAGCCGUAUAACUCGACCUUGGGCGAAUUCUUUCGAUGCAGCUGGGAUGUGCAAGAUAUCGCCCCCUUGGAAACCAACCUUCCCGGGGUCGAUGCAAGUGCUAAUGGCACUAUCGUCAAGGAUGGCAAUGAAAAGGUCAAGGUGUGCUAUUUGACCGAACAGACUUCCCACCACCCACCCGUCUCAGCAUUCUACAUCGACUGCCCUGAGCGGGGUGUCUCCGCGCGAGGAUUUGACCAGCUCAGCGCCAAGUUCACCGGCACGAGUAUCCGAGUGAGCCCCGGGCAACACAAUCUGGGAAUUUUUGUCAAUCUUGAGAAGAGGGACAACGAGGAGUAUCAGUUAACGCAUCCUCAUGCACACCUGGGAGGGUUGCUGCGAGGUGCUCUGGCAAUCACAGUGUCGGACGCUUGCUACAUCACUUGUCCCAAAACAGGCAUGAAGGCUAUAUUGCAAUACCUGGAGGAAGGAUGGCUUGGCCGCACCCAGAAUCGGAUGGAGGGCGUGGUUUUCCGUUACAACCCCGAUAAGGAUACCAUCACAAGGUUGAAGGAUGUACCGGAGAGUGAUACGAUCGCGCGAAUCAGCGGAUCCUGGCACGGCAAGAUAUAUUACACUCCGGUGGGCUCCAAAGAGCCCAUUCUGCUUAUCGACAUUGAGCCUCUCUAUCCAGUUUCGAAGAACCUUCCGCCCGACGAACAGCAGUUGUCCAAUGAAUCCUUGAAAUUCUGGGGCGAGGUCACGGAUGCCAUCGUCGGUAAACAGUUUACCCAGGCGACCAAGCUCAAGCAGGAAAUCGAGGAACGCCAGCGCCAACGAGCGGCCGAGCGUAAGGAGCAAAAUGUCGAAUGGAGUCCGCGCUUCUUCACCGGUGCAGUCACUCCGCUGGGAAAGCCUGAACUGACUGAUGAGGGUCAGAAGGUUUUGCAGGGUAUUCGGGAUGGGAAAUACGCCUUGGAGGAAAGUACAAUACAAGGUGCUUAG